AUGAAAGUGGACUACGGCGUGCGCGCGCUGGUUGAACUGGCCAUGCGCUACGGCGAUGGGCCGGUUCAGACCGCUGCCAUCGCAUAUCGCCAGGGCAUACCCGAACCGUAUCUCGAACGGCUGAUGUCCACCCUCAACAAGAGUGGCUUCGUUCAUAGCCGGCGCGGGCCCCAGGGCGGUCAUCUUUUGGCGAGGGACCCCCAGGAUGUCAACCUGUACGACAUCAUGCAGGAGCUGGACGGCAACGCGUCUCCCCUGGACUGCCUGACCCUGCCCACUGACUGCAUGUUCGUCGAUUCGUGCGCCCAGAAGGAAAUCUGGCAGACCGUCGAGGAUUCCAUCCAGCAGGUACUACAGGCCACCACGCUGGCGCACUUGGCGGAUCGGCAGAGCGUACUCAUUGCCGAAGGUGAUAGCGGCCACGAGGUUUCGGAGCCGGUCCCUGCGGUUUCGGUGUGA